AUGCAAGUAGCCGAUAUUUUCAUAGGCAGAGUGGCAGAAUCCAUAAUUGUGAAUGAAAGGAAGAUAAAUGUGUGGGGAGGGCAAGACAGCGCCGAACCCGCUUGGCCGGAGCGCCUCGGCCGCCCUUCAUCCUGCCGCCCUCUCGGCCCUCUCCUCUGGUUCCACGCCGUCUCUUUAGGUGAAGGAUUGGCUGUGAUCCCUGUGAUCGAGCACUGCAUCGAACAUAAGCCCCAUCUUAAUGUACUAAUGACAACAACUGUGGCUUCAGCUUUUGCGGCAAUUGAGGAUCGGCUACCAAGUGGUGUCAUUUAUCAGUUUGCACCAGUGGAUACACCGAGGGCGGUGGAGGAUUUUCUUGGGUACUGGGAUCCAACUGCAAUAUUUUUGAUGGAGAGUGAGCUGUGGCCGAACCUCAUUAUCUCAGCUUCAGAGAGAGGAAUACCGAUUACAUUGCUAAAUGCUCGGAUGUCUUUAAAAUCAUUCAGAUGUUGGUCAGGAUGGGUGGCACGGCCACUUAUUGCAUUAAUGCUGUCAAAAUUAUGUUUGAUUCUCCCAUUGAGCACAAUUCAGGCUAUCCAUUUUCAGUUGCUACAAGCGCCACCUUCUGUCAUAAAUUUUGCAGGAGAUUUGAAGUAUGCCAUAGGAGAUUUUGCCACGGCAGAAGAAGCUAGAAAGGUCAAAAAUCUUAAGCUGCAGUUUGCAAACAGGCCAAUUUGGAUGGCAGCAUCAAUACACAAGGGUGAAGAAGAAGUUAUGCUUUGGGCGCACGAGAAACUAGUAAAGAUGUACCCUGAAUUGGUCACAGUUCUCAUCCCACGGCAUCCUCAGCAUGGACAGCAGAUAAUUCAAUCAUUAAAGAGGCAAGGGAUGAAUGUUGCAGUGCGGUCUAGAGCUGAUAUAGUUUCUCCUAGCACAAGUCUCUAUGUGGUGGACACUCUAGGUGAACUAAGAAUGCUUUAUAAAGUUACUCCUAUAGCUGUUGUCGGAGGUUCUUUUCUGCCUAAUUUGGCUGGGCAUAACAUUUCUGAGGCUGCUGCAGCUGGUUGUGCUGUUUUAACGGGUCCCCAUGUUGGGCAUUUCUCUAAGAUGAUAGCGGAAAUGAAGCAAGUAGAUUAUUCAUCAGUUCUUCAGGUUGCUGGGAGGAUGGAGCUCUUGGAAACCCUAGACUGGCUACUCGGUAAACCCGAGGCACGAGAAGCAUGUCAACAAGCGGCAAAAAAAGCAUUCUCAACUAUUUCAAGUGGUGUUGUACAGAGAGUUUGGGAGUCCAUUGAUGUUCAUGUUCUCAGCAAACGUUAAAGGACAACCAGGAUUAUUAUUUUUAAAAUUUUAUUUUUGAGCUAUUAAUGGAAGGAGACUCGUGUAUGUGGAUCUGAUUAGUAAUCAUCUUCAUACAUUCGAUGUCUCAUGCAACAUAUAGUUGUGAAUAGAAUUCAUGUAGCCGACUCCUAGGUGGAGGUUUUGUUGUCACUAUUGUUGUGCACACGAGCAAAACCAAAUUUUGUUUUCAUC